CCUUCAAUUUAUAGGCCCACAAAAUACAGUACGGCAUGACUAAUUAAAAACAAAUCCCUGCAACAAAAAAAAAACAACCCUCCGACUCAAUUCCUCCUACGUUCUUCACCAACCGAACCAAACACAACCCUCUCCGAACGACUCUCCUACAUGGCUCUGCCUCUGCUAAAUCGUGAACCGCCGUCCCAAAUCGUUAUACAGCCACGGCACCACGAAAACUACGUCGUUUUACCUAAUUACUUCUCUCUAUGCAAUGACAUCAUCACCCGCCGCCGUAUCAAGUUCACCGUUAUUGCAAUCCUCUUCUUUGCUCUCGUUUACUUCUCUUGGCCGUCGGAUCCGGACACCAAGAUCGUACGGAUGCAUUUGGAGCGGAUCAGAGUCCAUACCUGGCCCGUUCCCAACAUCGACAUAACGUUGAACCUUACCUUGAAAGUACACAAUGUGGACGUGUACUCCCUGGACUAUCGAAGCCUUGACGUGGCGGUUGGGUACAGAGGGAAGAGGCUGGGGCAUGUGAGGUCGGACGGAGGGCACGUGAGGUCUAUGGCGUCGUCAUUCGUGGAUGCUGAGCUGGCGUUAGUUGGAGUUCGAGUGUUCUCUGACGUGGUGUUCUUGCUUGAAGACUUGGCUAGAGGGACUGUUCAAUUUGACACUGUUACGGAGGUUAAAGGGCAGCUUGGGGUGCUCUUCUUCGGGUUUCCACUUAACGCAAAUGUAUCAUGUCAAGUAUUAGUAAAUACAAUCAAUCAGACAAUUGUUAGCCAAAAUUGUCAAGCAAUGGUGAGAAAACACUAGUCAUUAAUUAAUUGCAUUGCUUACAAGUUCCUUGCAAGCAAUGAAGGUGCAAUAGGAGCUUCAAUGUUGGUUUUGGUACGUUCAGAAUGAUAUGUGCAAGGCAAGUUAGAAACAAGAGCCUUAUAUGGUCACAGCUCAAUCAUGUUUGUUAAAUGUAUAUAUAUAAUUAAUUAUGUGGUGUAUUUUUAACAAG